GAGCACUAUGGACAGCAGCAACUCAAGCAAAAUGAACCAGACAUAUACUGAUUAUGUUUCUGACCAUGUCUACAAAAAUGUUUGUCAGAAUUGUUUUAAUGAGCUGAGGAAUUUUAUGAGAGUGAUUUCUCUGGUCUUCUACUACCUGACCUUGAUCCUCGGCGUUCCUGGAAAUGCAUUUGUCGUGUAUGUUGCUGGAUUGAAGAUGAAGAGGACUGUUAAUACAGUAGGGUUUCUCAAUCUAGCAAUUGCUGACCUCUUGUGCUGCCUUUCCACUCUUUUCUUUGUGACCAAGAGUGCUUUUGAUAAUCCCUGGCCGUACGGAUACAUAAUGUGCAAGAUUCUCCCCUUCAUUAUGCUCAUCACCAUGUUUGCCAGCGUUUUCACCUUGAACUUGAUUAGUCUGGAUCGGUUUGUUCAGGUGAUGACACCGGUUUGGGCUCAGAAUCAUCGCAGCUUGUUCAUCGCACGACUGUCCUGUGCAGCGGCUUGGAUUCUGGCUUCAAUUCUCAGUCUGCCUUUUAUGAUGUUAAGAGAGACUUACACAGAAAAUAACAAAACAUACUGCCUGCAUUAUCAACCUGAUGACGACAGUUAUAAAUUGUAUGGAAGAUUAAGCAUCAUCAGAUUUGUGUUUGGCUUUUUGGUUCCUCUCAUAUGCAUCACAACAUGCUACGGAUUCAUCGCACGCAAGUUAGGCAGGAGUCAUUUUCACUCUGGACGAGCAUUUCGCAUCAUGUUGGCUGUAAUCGUGGCCUUUUUUCUGUGCUGGCUGCCGUAUCACAUAGUGCAUUUGACAAUAAUGUACGGAGAGGAAUCCAGUUCAUUGGUGGCUGAGGCAGUGGAUCCAUUGUCUGUCUCUUUGGCAGUUUUCAACAGCUGUCUGAACCCCGUUCUGUAUGUUUUCAUGGGGCAGAAUUUUAAGAGCAAUGUUAAACUUUCUCUAAGACGUGUUUUUGAAAGAGUUUUCUCUGAGGAGGGAACACAAGCGUCACGAUCCACACAGCCACAAUACACACACUCAGUGUAGUGAAGAUAUCAGCUCAUUUAUACUGAGUUUUCUGAUAAAUUUUUAAUACUAUUCUAAUAAUGUUCUAAUUAUUUAUUUUCUAAAUUCAUCAACUCUGAAUCAGCAAGUCAUCUAACUCUUAUUCAUCAUUCCUGUGUUUUUUUCCCUCUCUAUUGUUGAUGUAUUUUCAGUGAUUGGUGAUUUACAUCACAGUGAUGGAGUACUGAUGCUUGAUUAACUCUUUUGGUUGCUAUCAGCUUGGAAAAAGCUUGUAAUAUUUCAGUAAUAAUGACAUGUGGUUUCUAUGCUGAAUUCAUGAAGAAAAAUUAAAAAUGUAAUU